CUGCAGUUGACAUUCAUGCAAAUCAAUUCUUCAUGUACAGAACUAUUCAAUCAACAACUUCACAUAUCACCAAAAGUCUCAAGUAAACACCAAUAGCACUAAACCCACUCCCCCCACCAACAUCCGUAACUACCUUAGAUCCGAGGGAAACCAAGCUCCCCCAUCCGAACAUCCGUCGGAAGCCGACACGAAGAUCCAUACACUCAUUCCCAGCAAUCAUCCAUUCUCCAGCCAACAGUCGCCUAUUCUCUACGAACCUUUCUACUACCGAGAGCAGAGCAGAACAUAAUACUAGUUUUCUUUUACCCCGCAGUACCCCCCCAUCAUCGGAUAUAUCCAUACUUACCAUGUUCCUCCGAAGAACCUUCACCACAUUCACCCGCAAAAUGGCCCCUAUCGAACGCAUCACCCUCUUCAAAAUCCCCAAUGACGCGGACCGCGAUCGCGUCCUAGAGCAGUAUAAGGUUUUGGCUAAGACGGCUGUUAAGGACGGAAAACCCUACAUCCUCAGCUCGGCCGCGGGAGCCUCUAUCCCGGAUGAGCGCAACCAGGGCUGGAAUCUGUCUGUGAAGACGACGUUCGCGUCCCUGGAGGAUAUGGUCUACUAUGAUGAGCAGUGUGAGGCGCAUAAGGCGUUGAAGGCGGUUGUGGGACCUGUUAGGACGGAUAAGUUGACGACGUUUUUUGAGAGUGUGUUGUAGAUAUUUCUUUUUUCUCUUUCAUGUUUUCUAGUAUUAUGAUUUUCAGUAUGUUUUCAUGUAUAGAUGAUGAUAAGGCUACUGCUGGUUUGAUUCAUGGUAUACAUCUAGUAUUGGUUUUAUGCCACUACUUCACACUUGGUUCUGUUUCGGCACAUAAAACAAUAAUGUCAACGUGUCACAAUGGUGAGAGGAAAAAGGGUCAGUUCGGUAUGUGUCAUGAAGUGAGUGAGUGCUAGCCAUGUUGUUGCUGCCGCUGCUGCUGAUAUAACAUAAGAGAG